AGAACAAGCACAUUCUCUUCUUUAUCCAGAGCCUACAUCAGCAUUACGCUUAAAGCCCAUCUGAGUCAUAUCCUCAAUUGUCGUGAUACAAUAUGAAGAUCUCCUCUGCUUUUCUCUAUACCUUCCUCGCCAUCACCACUCUGGGUGUUGCGAGCCCUACAGGCAACAACGCCGUUGCCGCCGAAGAUGUCACGCCAGUGCAGGCUAGAACGGAGUCUCUUUUCGACAAGCGUAAGAGCUGCAGCGGUGAGAGGAAAGAUUCAGACGUGUGUGGCGGAAAGAAGCUCGCAACGCAAAACUCCUUUCAUAACUGCAAAACGAUAACCAAGGGCAAGUGCUGCGCUAAGAAUUCCGACGGAACCGGAGGAAUCGACGUGAACAAGGGAGGUGGUGAGAACUGUGGAUAUUGCUUCAGUGGCAAGUGCUCUGGCUGAUAGGCCUCGGCAUGAUAAUGUCUCGCAUGGCAUCAGAAGGAGGAUAUUCAGGGAUUUGUUAUACAGGAUAUCGGCGAAACUGUCUCUAGUUGGCGGUAAAUAGCACAAAUUCGAUAUCACCAAAUGUAAGGCUUGAUAUGUAUGCCCAUAGUAGAUUGUUCCAUUUCAAACAGUGUAA